GAAAAAUUAUCACCUCUAAUUCUUUAUUUCCCAUUACCUGAACAGAUGUUAGGAUUGUAAAAUCCCACAUUUCCUUUGUUUUGUUUUUGUGUUUAAACUAGUUAUUGUUCUAUUUUUUUAUUUUCUUUUAACACCCAUAACAUAACUCAGAUAAUAUGAAGAAAGUCAUCUUUAGCAGAGGGUCUAAUCAUGUUAUGGAUAUUGAAAACAUGGACACCAGAUGCCUAGAUCUUCUAAAUUACGGGGAGAAGGCCAAGGAUGAUCUGGAUUUAUUAAAUGAUAACCUGACCGACACUACAAGCUUUUCUUCAAACUUGCUCCUCCAGCAUAAAGAAAUCUCGGAGCUGUUUCAACCGGAUGACAAAUGGGAAAACAGUUCCAUACAACUUUUGGAGAAAGAGAAAAAAGCUUUUUUCAAACAGAAACAACCAUCAACAACAAAUGUAAACAAUGACCUACUGAAAAUCAGAAGCCAAGGAUUGCUGUGGUCAGCAAGUGGAACCUGUUCUACCGAACAGUUAAAGAGUGUAAAUAAUCAGGGUCGCCAUAAAAUAAAACCCAUUGGUAACAACUGCAUACAGAAAAAUACAAAAAAUAAGAUCACAAUCAGCAUGGAUUCUGUUUUUUCUCAAGAGAUAUCUUUAGAAUCCAUGGGGCUGCAUUCAGAUGGUUCACCCUGGACUUCUAUCCGAAUUCCAAAAAGGAAAGAGCUGCAGGAAACCCUCCAACACAGAAUUAAAAACUUUGUAAAUCCUGAUAUCAUUUUGGUGAUUGAUAAUCACGAAUUCUUUUGCCAUCGUAUCGUUUUACAAUCAUAUUCAGAUUAUUUUGACUCGAUGUCAAGCCUUGAUGCGCCAAAUGUCAUUCAUGUUGAUGAAAGAGUGACUAAGAAUGCUUUCAUUACGAUUUAUUUGUGGAUGCUUUCAGCAGGACAAGACGGCCAUGAUUGUAUAAAGAAAAGCAGCAUUGUCGAAGUCUUAGUCGCUGCUGAAAUCUUGGGGAUAAAAGAUUUAGAAGAGCAAUGCAACACUUUUAUUCAAAAUGAUGAACUUUUUAUUGAAGAGAACGCGUUUUCAAUUAUAACCGAUGCCAUUCGUUGGGGAAAACAAUCAAUCAAACGAUUAAUGGUGUCUAGGAUACAUAGCUUUUUUCUUCCUUUGGUCAGUUCCUUGGACUUCAUACAGUUAAAUGCCGAAGAUCUUUGUUUAAUACUCGAAUCUGACAAUAUCGUUGUUCACUGCGAGUUGGAAGUGUUUAUGGCUGCUAUCAGGUGGUUAAAAGCCGAUUGGGAGGACAGGAGAAAGGAUUUAAAAACAGUUAUGAAAUGUGUAAGAUUUGGUCUGAUGACUCCAUCGCAGCUGGUGAAUAUAAGGAAAAAUCCUGAAUCCCCUGAGAUUUUAGAAAUAACCAAGGAUAAACAUGUUCAAAACAUGAUAGAAGAUGGCUUGGCAUACGCUGUCAAAAACAUACUGACAGAGAAUAAAAACGAACAAGAAAAUAUAUGUAAUUUUUUAAAAUUGAUCGAACCCAACAAAAGGAAUUUUACGUCAACCUCAAAAGAUUAUAGAACAUAUAAGGAAUUCCUUGAUUAUCUUCAUGAGAUAAAAACAAACCCAACAAGUUUUGAAAUGAAACAAAGCUACAUAAGCCCUCAGAAUAAGAUGAGCGAGAGAAUUUUAAAUGUAACAAACUCUGAAAAUUGUAUAGCUAUUAGCAAAAGCACUAUUUCUGUAUUGAAAAAUGAGAAACCGGAGAAAUCUAUAGAUUCACAUAAUAAACCCAAAGACAUACAGUGUGAUGAAAACAGUGUUUUGGUGGAAUGUAAGAAGUGUCAAAAUUCUUUUAAAAGGAUCUCAUUGAAAGAAAGUGCUGCCACUGUUAUUCAGUCAGUAGCUAGAGGUUUCUUGGCGCGGAAAAAAAUCCAUUUGAUGAAUUUCAACGUAAAAUCUUCAAGGGAAGAAAAGAUAAAGAAAAAUUAUAAAAAGUAUGAAAUCAUUUUCAAAUCUGUGAAUACUGGAAAGGAAAAUAGCAUGAUUAAAGACACUUUGUCUCAUGAAGAGAGUGAAGAGAAAAUUUUAGUUUUUGAAGGACUUAAUCCAUGUCAAAGUGAACACACAAGUGGAAAGUGCGCUGUUUUUAGGUAUGAUUCAAAAUUCAACAAAUGGGAUAUUAUCAGCUACAUACCGAAGCCUCGGUAUUAUCAUUGUGCUGCUAAACUAAGAGGAAAGAUAUACAUCGUCGGUGGUCGAUAUCCUAGAAAUGUAGAAAAGUGUGCUCAGUCGUUGUGUGCUGAAACACUGAGCUUUGAUCCGUCAACAAACCAGUGGAAAGAAGAAGCUCCUUUAAUAACACCACGACAUAGUUUUGGCCUUGCGUCACUUCAUGGUUUUCUCUAUGUCAUCGGUGGAGAAGGGAUGAAUGGCAGAAUUCUUUCAUCAGCUGAAAGAUACAACCCUGAGGCUGGGAUGUGGGAACAGAUUAAACCGCUUCCUCAGCCGUGCAUAGGGGCGGCAGUUUGCUGCUAUAGAGGUAGCAUUUGGGUUGUAGGAGGAAUGAGCAGUUACAAACAACCAACAAACAACUUAGUUUAUUGCUAUGACCCAGAGGAUGAUGUGUGGGUCAGACAAACACAUUUACGAUUCGGUAGAGCUUUUGCUGCAUUGGUUAAUUUGAAGGAAACGCUUUAUGUGGUUGGAGGAGCGACGGGUAAUGCGGAUAAAAUUGAAAGCACAGAUAUAAUUGAAGCAUGGGAAAACGAAGAAUGGACAUUUAAAACAAACAUGUCUGUGCCAAGACAUGGUCACACAGUCGCAGUUUUAAAAGACAAAAUGUUGAUUAUUGGAGGUACAUCUUCAAAGUAUGGAAGAACUCUGAACCAAGUUGACACUUGGUGUGUAAAAACAAACCAAGAGUGGAAUAUUCAAAUUUCACCUCUUCCAGCACCUAUUAUAGGCCAUUGUUCAGUUAGUUAUACAUAAAUAAAUGGAAAAAACAUAAUUUUAAAAAAAUGUUAA